CGGCGGCAGAAGCUUUGCGGAAGUGUGUGAAAUCGGAGUCAUAUGACCAGACAGGCAGGCGCAGAAAAUGCUACAAAGAUAUGGAUAAAAUUCCUCGGACACGGUGACUAACAUCCACAACGAACGCGAUGGAGGAGAUUAAAGUGUCUCCUGACUAUAACUGGUUCAGAAGCACAGUGCCGCUGAAGAGAAUUAUUGUUGAUGAUGAUGACAGUAAGGUGUGGUCGUUGUAUGAUGCCGGCCCAAAGAGCAUUAGAUGUCCAAUCAUCUUCCUGCCUCCGGUCAGCGGGACAGCUGAGGUAUUCUUCCAGCAGGUGUUGGCUCUGACAGGCUGGGGCUACAGAGUCAUCUCGCUGCAGUAUCCGGUGUACUGGGAUCUCAUGGAGUUCUGCGACGGCUUCAGGAAACUUCUCGAUCACCUGCAGUUGGAUAAAGUCCAUCUGUUCGGGGCAUCUCUGGGUGGAUUCUUGGCUCAGAAGUUUGCAGAAUGCACACACAAGUCUCCCAGAGUGCACUCAUUGAUACUGUGUAAUUCAUUCAGUGAUACUUCCAUCUUUAAUCAGACAUGGACAGCAAACAGUUUCUGGAUGAUGCCGGCUUUCAUGUUGAAGAAGAUUGUUCUGGGGAACUUUGCUAAAGGACCCGUGGACUCUAAAAUGGCAGAUGCAAUCGACUUCAUGGUGGAUAGGCUGGAGAGUCUGAACCAAAGUGAGUUAGCAUCGCGGCUAACACUCAACUGCCAGAACUCUUAUGUGGAGCCACACAAAAUAAAAGAUGUUGCUGUGACCAUUAUAGAUGUGUUUGAUCAGAGUGCCCUGUCACUGGAGGCGAAGGAGGAGAUGUAUAAGUUGUAUCCCAACGCAAGACGAGCUCAUCUGAAAACAGGAGGAAACUUCCCGUACCUGUGCAGGAGUGCUGAAGUCAACCUCUACAUACAGAUUCACUUGCGUCAGUUCCAUGGGACGAGAUACGCUGCCAUCAGUCCUGCCAUGGUGAGUGCCGAGGAGCUGGAGGUGCAGGGAAGUCACCUGUGCAGUAACCAGGACUCUGAUGACAACCAAUGAGACGUUUACCUGCACGCUGUCCCCUCAAAAUCUGCAAGUUCUCUUCUCAACAGCACUUGUUCUCCUGAACGCAUCAUUUCACAGGACGUUCUUCUGAUUUUCUGUGGCGCUCAGCAGCCAAUCAGCAAGCCAACAGAGAAUAUUUUGGACAGAUGAAGCAAUAUUUUGAUAAUGAUUUGUACAUACAUGGUACUGGGCCACUUUGCUUUAAAACGAAUGACACCUUGCCUUAUGUUGAAUGAAUCUGACAUAAACUGUCUGAACUGUUUGCCUCAAGUUUUGAUCUGUAAUAUAUGGAGUGGUUAACACAGCCAGCAGUGAACUGGCUUCCAGUUAACAGAAAGAUGGACACACUGGUUAUGGAGAGAUAUAUAUAUAUGUGAAAGUGUUUGUGUAAUUCAAUGACAUGAGGUUACAUUUGUUCUUUUUUUUUUGUAAUACAGUUCAUUAUUUUGAAUUUCAUGUUAUUCCCACUGGUGUCUGUGUUGGAAAUGUGGCUCUACAGGAAGUUGACAUGUGAGAAAUGUGAAACAACUUUCAAACCCCAGCACUGCCUAAAGCUUCAGCCUCUAAAACAAGUUCUGUUUUUACAAACUACAAUUUCUCAUCAAUAGGUUAACAUGUCACUAGAUGAUUUUUGCAGUGUCAAGCUACAGAAAAGUGCUUCUAAACACUUGAACACAGUUGAAGAAUAAAUGAAAAUGAUGUGCUGUGCCUUAGAGAUAAUGUACACAUUCUACACUAAAACAUCUUCAUGUUUUACUCUCAGUCUGGCAGAAAGCUCCACCGCUGUCA